UACAAAAAGACUAGCAGGAGCUUGACCCGGAAAUAGAUUAGGAUCGUGUGGCGGUUUAGAACCGGAAGUGGCGCCAUCACAAGCGACGUUAAGUCAGCGUGUUAGCAGAUCUGCUAGCUGCUUCAUCUUUCAGCUCUUCAACAGAGGAUAAAACAAGAUGAGUCUUUUGAACAAGCCGAAGUCAGAGAUGACCCCUGAGGAGCUGCAGAAGCGUGAGGAGGAGGAGUUCAACACCGGGCCGCUGUCCGUCCUCACGCAGUCUGUCAAGAACAACACGCAGGUGCUCAUCAACUGCCGCAACAACAAGAAGCUGCUGGGUCGAGUCAAAGCCUUCGACAGACACUGUAACAUGGUCCUGGAGAACGUAAAGGAGAUGUGGACUGAGGUUCCCAAGAGCGGGAAGGGAAAGAAGAAAUCCAAACCAGUGAAUAAAGACCGUUACAUCUCCAAGAUGUUUCUGAGAGGAGACUCGGUCAUCGUGGUGUUGAGGAAUCCACUGAUCACCGGCAAAUAAUUCGUACACUCACUCUGACAUGCACAUUCUCUUACAUUCUCUCUCUCUCUCUCUCACACACACACACACACACACACACACACACACACACUGGUGGCUUGCUCUCAGUGAGAGACUUGGUGUGUAAACAUAGUACUGAUUGUGUCACUUUGACUGGAUUUUGUUCUGAAUAAAUGUUUUGUAUUUACAGUCA